CCUCCUGGUCACCAGCUGAAUGGCAGCAUUUAACCUUAUUUCGCCUGUGGUGGCAUUCAAGGAUUAAGGGUUGUUAAGGGUUAAAAGAUUAUAAUAUUUAAAAAUUAUGGUUUAUUUAUAGGCUAUAUGUCAUGGUUGUUGUUUUUUGUUUUCUUGGAGUAUUUAAAACACAAACUGUCCUCAGUGACCUUAUAUUAAAAUAGGACUUGUUUUAAAUAGACUGGACUGUAGAUUCAGUGUCCCUGCAUCAGAAAUCAUGCAGUCAGACUCCCGUCCCCUAGAUCCACAUCACAACCCGGUGUCAAGUUUGGAGCGUUCCUGCCUCCGGAGAGGCAGAAUCAUCAUCAGCUGUGGCAGCGCAGAGAGAGGACAAUAAUGGGGCCCCAUGGCAUCAACCGUGCUGUGGAGAGACUAGAGUUUACAGACUGUAAAAAAGGACUUGGCGUGAAGAUUAUUGGGGGCUACAGGGAACAGAGUGGUGAAGAGUUCGGCAUUUUCAUUAAACGAAUUUUGCCAGGUGGCGUGGCGGCACAGGACAGGCGUCUGAGAGCAGGGGACCUCAUUUUAGAUGUCAACAACAUGAAUUUAGGAGGUGUUACAAAUGAAAAGGCAGUGGAGGUCCUUCGCAUGGCGUCAGCUACAAAUCACAUGUCUUUACUGAUAGUACGUGACGACGCUUCCAGGAGAGAAUUUGUUGAGUUAAUGGAAAAAUAUGGCUCCAGCAGUAGUACCAGUUCUGGAUCAGACACCUCUGUUUCCACAGGAAAGAUCACCGAUACUGCCUCCUCCUCCUCAUCUUCCAGAUCAACCAGUCCUCUGCUUCUGAGCCCUAAAGACCCAAACCCAGUAUACACCACUGCCUGCAUUACCUCCCCACCUCCACAAGUCUGCACGGACUGCAUGAUUCAGUUGAUAUGUGUUGCCAAAGGGACUGGAUUAGGCUUGGUCAUCAGGGGCGGAGCUAACCGUGCAGAGGGGCCAAUGGUGUACGUUCAGGAAAUAAUACAAGGAGGUGAUUGCCAAAAGGAUGGGAGACUAAAGGCUGGGGACCAGCUCAUAUCCAUCAAUAAGGAGUCAUUCAUUGGAGUAACACAUGAAGAAGCCAAAACCAUACUCACUCGAACAAAACUCAGACCAGACCCUACAGUAGAAAUAGCAUUUAUCAGACGAAGGUCUUCAUCAGGCUCCAGCAGUGGACCCCACAGCCCCAUCUCCCUUCAGCCUACCUGCAGUACAGCCCCCCAACAUAGGCCCGCUGGACUGGGGGGAGCAACUCUGCCUGGAGGUCUCGUUCCAAAAAUAGCCAACACCCCCAACUCUGGAAGUGAGACAUUGCCUUCUGUAGAACUUACUAAGGUACGACCAGCAACAGCAAAGCCUAAUCACACCCCCGUGUCCUCACCUGAGAGUGCCUGCACCACAGUGGCCAACUCUGAUGCAACCGCUGCCUGUAAUCCCAGCAAUACCUGCAGACCCUCGAAACCUCUAUCCUCGACUCCCAGCUUCGAAGUCAAGCCAGAGAAAAUAGAGCAGGCACUGGAGGUGCUGGGAUUGAAGCCUACUGAGUCUCAGGUCCUGACUCUGAGAGAAAGGCUGCGUUUGAACCCAGGAGGGACAGUGGCUUAUGGAGAUUUUGAGAGAGUGGCAAAGGAACUCUUUAAACUACCAGCCAAAUCUGACUCAGAACAGGAAGUAGCAAGAUUGCCAUCAGAUGAUCUCAUUGAGUCUCCAUCAAACCCUACACCAUCAUUAUCUGACUCUGAUGAUCUGGAUGAGAUGGAGCGACUAAGAAAAGACCACAUUGAGGCCUUGAGAGAGCUCAAGAGAAUGCAGGAUAAGCUGGCAGAAUCUGAGAGCCUUAAUCAUAAGAUGCUGCAGGAACUGACAAAAGUUAAACAGGAGGCAAAAUCUGCAAUGGAGGAGAGUCGAUCCCUGCGGACCCGGAUCCAUCUGGCAGAGGCCGCUCAGAAACAGGCCCGGGGAAUGGAGAUGGACUACGAGGAGGUUAUCCAUCUCCUGGAGGCUGAGAUAGCUGAAAUGAAGUCUCAGAAAACUGAGCAACCCGGCCGUGAAAAGGAUGAUCUGCAAGAUCUGAAAAAAAGGAUUUCUGUACUCGAAUGCCAGCUACGGAAGAGUGAAACUGCAAAGAAAGGUUUUGAAGUCUCCACGGGCAAACUUCUACAGUUUGUGGAGGCUGUCCAAGGCUUUUUGUCUGAAAACCAAAGCGGUUCAAGAGGCUAUAGUUCUCCCGGCGAUCCAAAGUUGACCAAUCUGUCUCAGACCUUGCCAUCACGAGGCGGGAAGAAACCACCCUGGACAGCAUCUAGUCUUGCUGUGGAAGCUAAAGAACUAACUAAUACUGUCAGAGGCAUUCUAGAGCUGGACUGUUUACCUUUUGGCUGGGACGAGGCAUACACUGCAGAUGGAGUGAAGUACUAUGUAAACCAUGUAACUCAGACAACAUCAUGGACUCAUCCUGUAAUGAGAUCUUUGGGUUUGUCAGAACCAGAAGCAAGUGACCAAACCCUGAACUCUCCAGAAUCCACAGCCUAGACUGAUUCCGAAGACUGUGUGCACUCUUAUGCCACUUUCUGCCCAACUGUUCGGUUAAAAAAAAUGAAAAGCAAUACAGCAGCAUAUAAACAUCAAGUGAUAUGUGAACAAUCAGAAAGAGGUAUACCAAACUGUCACUGGGGCGGUAACCUUUCAAAAGUACUAAUAUGUACAAUUUAUAUACUAAUAUGUACCUUUAAGGUACUAAUAUGCACUUUUAAAGUACUAUUUAUGUACCUUUAGUGGUAAAUGGAAAAAAUAGAAAGAAAAAAAUAAUAAGGUGCAAUCAUGUACUUUUUAGGUUUUGUACUUUAGGGUACCGCCCCAAUGACAACUUUGUACCCUUUAUUCUGAGAGUUUACAUCUGAUAUUGAAAUAUGCAGCAAAUAUAUCCCAAAUACUCCAGCUCUUUGAUGGGUUAAGAUCUCACAUUUGAGUUUUUCCCCAUUUUUAUAUCUGUCCACUGUUUUUCUGACAUUUUAGGCAUUUCCACUAAUCUCUUGUUAUUUUGUACCUUGAGAAAAACAAUGGACUGGCCCAAUCUGUUUUCCGACUUUCAGAAAAAGUCAGACAUAAUUGCACCCGUUUGAAGUCAAAGGACGUGGCCUCUUUGGUGAAGCAGGAACUUUGGAAGAGUAAAUCAGGAUGGACUGCUUCUGUGAUGUUCAUUCAGUUUGGCAUGUGUUUGCUGCCACUUUGAUCCAUUUUCUGAAACUUUUGUUCACUGAUUUAUUGAAACAGGAAUUUGUUUACUUUUUCAAACUUCCUCGAACCAGCUCUAUACUGUGAGAGUGAAACACUUCUUCGGUUCACUAUAAUGUAAUUGUUCUCCAUAUAAAGACACAUUUUUAAUUCUGCUGUUAUCCUUAGUGGGCGUUCUAGCCAUUACGCAUAACUGUGAAAGUGUCUUCUCUUGCAUGUGCAGUUAGUUCUGCGCUUCCAGUAGAAAUGUGAGUUUAACAUACCCUAAGCCUUAUGUGUAUAAUGUCUUGGAAAAUGACAUAACAUGGCACAUUUGCUUUGUUGUGAAUUCAAUCUGCCUAACAGCGUAAGGUUAGCCACAGAGAUCUAGAUCAUGAAGAUAUAUGUUUUUCCUGUAAUGUGUGAAUACUUUUGUGGUUCUAUUAAAGAUAAACUAAUAAAAA